GCAAUCAGCAUUGCGAGCAAGACGAAGACCAAGAAGAAGCACUUCGUCGCCCAGAAAGUGAAGCUCUUCCGUGCCAGCGACCCUCUGCUCAGCGUGGUCAUGUGGGGAGUCAACCACUCGAUAAAUGAGUUAAGCCAUGUUCAGAUUCCCAUCAUGCUCAUGCCAGACGACUUCAAGGCCUAUUCCAAGAUCAAAGUGGACAACCACCUCUUCAACAAGGAGAACAUGCCCAGCCAUUUCAAGUUCAAGGAGUACUGCCCUCUGGUGUUCCGAAACCUCAGGGAGAGGUUUGGCAUCGAUGAUCAGGAUUUCUUGAACUCACUGACACGUAGUGCUCCCUUGAACAGUGAGUCCCAGGGACGGAGUGGGGCCCGCUUCCACACUUCUUAUGACAAACGCUACGUCAUCAAGACCAUCAGCAGCGAGGAUGUGGCAGAAAUGCAUAACAUUCUAAUGAAAUACCAUCAGUUCAUUGUGGAGUGCCAUGGCAACACGCUUCUGCCUCAGUUUCUGGGGAUGUACCGACUCACAGUGGAUGGAGAUGAGACCUACAUGAUUGUCACACGCAAUGUUUUCUCCCAUCGCCUCUCUAUCUACAAGAAAUACGAUCUCAAGGGUUCUACCGUGGCAAGAGAGGCCAGCGACAAGGAGAAGACCAAGGAGCUGCCCACCUACAAGGACAAUGACUUCAUCAACGAUGGGAAGAAAAUCAGCAUUGACGAAGAGAACAAGAAAAUGUUCCUGGAGAAGCUCAGGAAAGACGUGGAGUUCCUGGCCCUGCUGAGGCUCAUGGACUACAGUCUGCUGGUGGGGAUCCACGACGUGGAGCGAUCUGAGCAGGAGGAGGUGGAAAGCAAGGACAACGCCGCAGACGAGGAGGGAGAGAGUGACGGGGGGGGCAUUGGGACGCCCCCUGACAGCCCCAGCAACACGUUGGACAGCAACAAGCCUCUGUCACCUGGAGAGUUUGAUCCCACCAUCGAUGUCUAUGCCAUCAAAAGCAAUUAUAGUGCUCCCAAGAAGGAGGUUUACUUCAUGGCUAUCAUAGACAUCCUGCAGCAUUAUGAUGCCAAGAAGAAAGCUGCCCAUGCCGCCAAGACUGUCAAACACGGGGCCGGGGCCGAGAUCUCCACCGUGAACCCGGAGCAGUACUCCAAGAGGUUUCAUGAUUUCAUCACCACUAUCCUGUCAUAGCCUCCAGGAGCC